AUGCUAAGCUUCGAGGCUCUGUCACAGGCUCGAUCUCGGCUGGCCGCCUGGGUCACGGUCCGGCUGCUGGCUCUUCUCGAAGACGACGCACCGCCUGAAGCUGCUGGGCAUUCUCGUCCAGUCUCUCUCAGCCCGGCAGAAGUCAUGACCUUCUCCUCUGGCUUCCACAUGCCCGGGGGCUUUCACGCCGACGGAAUCCACCAGGGCCUCUUCCGCCCCCCGGUGUCUCCAGCGUCCAGCUCCGGAUAUCUAUCUCAGAGCCGACCGUCUGUCGAGGGACCUACUUGCAAGCGCAAGCGCAUUCGCGCCGAUGCCAGACAUUUCGACCAUGCCCAACAUCAACCAGAAGAACAGCAAGAGGGCUUCUGCGACGACGCCGGCACCAACGCCAGCACGGUCCUGAUAACACCCGCCGGGAGACGUGCUGCCCACAAUGGCAGGGCCUACACGCUCGCCGGGCAGCUCGACACACCCGCCAGCGGGCCUGGGGAAAGCGGGACUCUGGGCGACAGCACAUACUCGGAUGCGGAUUACAGGAAAGCCCUUGGCUCCAGGCGCUCGCGACACGACCAUGAUUUGACCGACACAACGGGACAUACUCGCUUAUUCAACCUCCCCACGCACCCCUCUCAACCUCCAGGAUGGGGCUCGCUGGCUUUCAGUACCAUAGGCGGCGUCGUGGGAAAGGUGUGGGAGUUUUGCAAAGCAGGCGCGUUCAAAGGGUUUUACGCUGGUGGGGGAAGAGGCUUCGAGAUGCAGCCCGGCCAUGGCGUCGUUCCGGAUGUAUCGAUACCAGACCCAGCCUGGCAGCACGGCGCCGAGGGCGACGAGCAACACCACCGGAUACCAGGGCAUUUUCCGCAAGGAGAUGCGUGUUACGACGAGGAGGCCGCCGAGGACACGCCUAUACCCAGCGGCGCCUCGACGCCCUCUGCGCCCGCUGCGAAAAGACGUCAGACGGCGCCGACUGAUGAGUUGGGCAGGAAUUGGGUCAUGGUCAAGGACCGGGCCGGCGGUGCGGACAGCAGGUCGAGGCGGACCCUGGCCGCCCAUAGGCCGUCUCCCAGAAACCGCAACCAAGGCCCUUCACCUGCCACUGGACGUCGGAUCAGCACACCACACAACCGCCGCGUCUCCGCCAGGGCAGCCAGCCCGGCACCGCAUCGUGCCAGUGCCGCGCCCUGGAACGGCUUCAACAUGUCGCCCCAGGCCGCUCUCGAGCCUGCUCGGCCCGCGUCAUCCGCGUCGUUUGCCUCUCCCCGCUCCCCGUCGCCGACGAAACUGGCCAGCGCGGCACCCAGCGUCGCGGCCUCACCCACGCCACACACAGGCCGAGCCCAGGGACGGCGGCGAUCAGUCAUGUCGGCCUCCAACCACGCUUCUCCGUUUACACACAGCCGCACGCACAGCGGCGCGUCCACGGCAUCCGGUCGCGGAGCCGCAGACGACCUGGACAACAGUCCGCGCCUCGACGCGGAAGCCAGGCACCUCGCUGCUCGGCGACAACGCGAAGAACGCGACACGGACGUCCGCAUCGCAGCCUUGAACAAACAGCUGCAGGAUAUGAUUCGUCAGGGGAAGGAAGCGCUGGGCACGACGAUAGAAGUAGAUGGCGAUGAUGGCGGGUGGGAAGAUUACUAG